AGCCAUAAUUAGAUCCACAGAUUUAUAUGAAUAUACUGUAUAUUGGCUGGAGCCUGUUUAUCAUUGGAGAUAUACCACACACGUGUUGUAAAUGAGUUCUGUAUAAUACACCUAGGUUGGUUUUUUAACCUCCCCUAGCGGUAUUCCCGAGUGUAGCUCGGGGUAAAGUUUCAGUACCAAAAGCGGUAACCCCGAGCUACACUCGAGCUUACCAUGCGGCGCUGCUCUGGGAUCUGUUCUUCUCUUACCUUGUCCUUCACUCCCGCGAUGUCCCUCCUGCAGUGUCCCCGGCAAUGUCCUCCGGCCGAUGCCGGCAUCUGUCAUCUGGGUUCCGUCCCCUGCGACGUCGGGACGUACAGGGGACGGAACGGUGGGAAAUUUGAAAAUGACAAAAAGUGACAUUCACUAAAUACACUAA